ACACAGAAACAUAUCAACGCCCACCGCUUUUCAUCCUCUGUUUCCAGCAUUCCCACAACGCUCUCGCCCAUAAUUAAAGAUUUGCAUUACGGUUUCGUUUCUAUCUCUGAUUUGUGCCCAAAUCUUCCCAACCAACGCAUCGAAUCGUAUUCGAUUUAAACGAACCCAGAAUCAUUGCCACCAUUGAUGAUUCUUUUUCCUUAUUUUUCGUGAUUUUCGGAGCUAAAAUUCGUGAAGAUGGAGGUGCUUAUUCCUAACGAAACUCAGGUGAGUAAAUAUUCUACUAAUGAAAUCAAUACGAAGCAAAAAGUCUGCAACUUUCUUCAAUAUGGAAGAAAGAGAAAGCUUCAACCCCUCAUUGAUCCUCAAAAGCGAAGUGACAAAGUUUCAUCACCGAAGAGGACAAGAACUUCUAUCAAGAAAGACACUCCAUGGAUCAAAACUAAAGCUUUUCAUGGAAAGAACAUCAUGCCAAAUUACGCCAGUGCCCCUGAUAUCUGUGAUUCUGAUGAGGAUGAUAGCGAGGAAGAAGAUGAUGAUUAUUAUGAAUACAUUCCAUCUUCAUCGCGAAGGUCUAAUAAUACCAUGAAGCUGGAUCAUAAAAGUGGAAAGGAGCCUUUGAAGUGUCACCAAUGUAAGAGAAAUGAUAGAAUAAAGUUUAUUCCUUGCACCAAGUGUGAAGAAAAACUAUACUGUGUUCAGUGCAUCAAGCAAUGGUAUCCUCAGUUGUCAGAAGAAGACGUUGUAGAGAUAUGCCCAUUUUGUCGUGGAAACUGCAAUUGCAACUUGUGCUUAAACUCGAAGAUUAAGAUGCCAAAAAUAGAAUUUGAUGAUGAUGUGAAGUUGCAGCAUCUUCACUAUCUAAUCAACUCUCUCCUUCCGUUUAUAAAACAAAUUCGUGAAGAACAAAUGGAGGAGAUAGCCAUUGAAGCAAUUGCUCAAGGGGUACCACAAUCUUCAAUACGAAUCCAGCAAACAAACUGUUUCAAUGAUGAACGCAUCUAUUGUGAUCAUUGCGCAACAUCAAUCGUUAAUCUUCACAGAAGUUGUUCAAACUGUUCAUAUGAACUUUGCCUUACAUGCUGCCAUGAAAUACGCAACAACAAUCUUCUUGAUGAAAAAGUAACUUUUGGGUAUUUACAUAGAGGUUCUGAUUACAUCCAUGGUGGCUACCCAUUACCCAACACUUGUCAUGAAUAUACUUCAACUGAAGAAUCAAGUUCUAUCACAAAAUGGGUAGCUGAAGAUAAUGGAAACAUAUUUUGUGCUCCAAAAGAAAAUGGCGGAUGUGGUGAUUCUUUAUUGGAGCUCAAACGGAUCUUACAAGAAAACUGGAUUGAAAAUUUGGAGAAAAGAGCGGAAUAUAUAUUGAAUAAUUUCAAAGUUGAUCAACCAAAUGUUGGAUUAUUGGAAAAUGGUGGUGAUAGUUAUAUGUACUUUAGGGCAGGUAAUAGGGAAGGAUCGGAUGGGAAUUACCUAUAUUGCCCUUCAUCGAAAGAUGUGAAGAAGAGGGAGGAGAUUGUCCGCUUUCGUGACCACUUUGCUAAAGGUGAACCUUUGAUUGUGAGGGAGGUUUUAGAGGAGACAAGUGGUUUAAGCUGGGACCCAAUGGUGAUGUGGCGUGCAUUGGGUGAACAUGUGGAUGAAAAUGUCCGUUUAAAGACGUCGGAGGUGAAGACUAUUGAUUGCUUGGCUGGUUGUGAGGUUGAAAUUAGUACGAAGAAAUUUUUCAAAGGUUACACAGAAGGAAGACAAUAUUUAAAUUCAUGGCCAGAGAUGCUGAAGCUAAAGGAUUGGCCUCCAUCUGAUAAAUUUGAGGACCUUUUGCCACGUCAUUGUGAUGAGUUCAUAAGUGCAUUGCCUUUUCGAGACUACACUGAUCCAAAAACGGGUUUUCUAAAUCUUGCUGUGAAGUUGCCACCUGAUGUUUUAAAACCAGAUUUGGGCCCCAAAACAUAUAUUGCUUAUGGAAUGGCCCAAGAACUUGGAAGAGGGGAUUCUGUCACCAAGCUUCAUUGUGAUAUGUCGGAUGCGGUGAAUAUAUUGACACACGCCACGAAAGUAUCGAUUAGUGAUGAACAACAAUUAGCAAUUCAAAAAUUAAAAAGAAGACACAAAAUUCAAGAUGAAAGAGAGAAGAACAAAAAUAUUGUUCAAUGUGAAUUAUAUGAUUGUCAUCCACAAGAGGAUUGGGGAGACAAAGGUGGUGCUCUUUGGGACAUAUUUAGAAGGGAAGAUGUGAAGAUUUUAGAAGAGUAUUUAUUGAAACACUCGAAAGAAUUUAGACACACAUAUUGUUGUCCUGUUAAUAAGGUUUAUCAUCCUAUUCAUGAUCAAGCUUUUUACUUGACCUUGGAGCAUAAAAGGAAGCUAAAAGAGGAAUAUGGUGUAGAACCAUGGAGUUUUGAACAACGGGUGGGAGAGGCAGUUUUUAUUCCUGCUGGAUGUCCACACCAAGUCCGAAAUCUCAAACAAUGGCAUACGAAUGUGGUCAAUCACAAUCUUCCGUUGGUGUUGGAGUUUCGACAAACAAUCUGACGGUUGUCAAAGUUUUAGCUACAAAAAGAAGGUUGUCGAUUUGGCAACAAUAUGGCUUAUGUGAAAUGUUGAGCAUUUCGAAGAAAUGUGGCCUCUUCUUAAAGGAAGGUGAAAAUACGACAUUUUAAAACCAUGUAAAUUGUAUUGUUAGUCGAUGAAAUUUCGCCUAGAAUGGGAAGAUGGAAAAGUUCAUGAUUGAAGAAAGUUUACCUUUUUACCAUACUCGAUUUGUCGAGGGCUCAAGGAGAAUGCUCUCCUAUGAUGAGCGACGAGGCAUGCAUGAUGUGCUCCUAUGUGAAUGUGAGGUCACCAUGUACAUCCUUCAAGAACGAAGGUUCUAAAAGCAGUUGCAUGACGUCCCACGAUUGAUUGACAAUUAUGGUGUCCCUUUCAUGGGCUAAUUAUGGAUAGGUCUGCCCACCAUAAUUAAGGUUUCUAAUACUUGCCUAUAAAUAUGCACAUAUAAGAACAUACCUCCUUCAUUAUGCUUUGCGUAUAUACAUGUGUGUGAGUACAUAGAUUCAAGAACAACAAUCAUUGUAAGGUUGAGAGCAUAUCCUUUUGAGGAGUUUGUAAGCAAUCAAUAUCCUUUUGUUUUUAGAGCUCAAGUGAGGUGAAACAUUUGUAAGUAAUUGUAAUUGUUUUUGGAAGUUAAUAAAAUCAUUUCUUUCUUUUGUU